AUGCCUUUAAAGACAUUUGAUGUGACAAAUAUUGGGACUGUAAUUGCGGAACCAUUAACUCCAGAAGCAUUUGCACCUUACGGUGGAGUCAUUAGCGCAGAUCAUCAAAUCAAGAGUGUGACGAGUACUGCAGCGAAUUAUGGCACAGCAGUAAAGAUUCACAAGGUUGCACCAAUUGUUAACAAUUUUAAAGACUGCCCAAGUGGAAAAGAAGCCACUGCAAAUUGGAAUAUAUUUAGGUGCUCUUUUCCCAAAAACUCAAUUGUAACAGAAGCCAAAAAUGAACUUGUAUACAAGGCCAAAGUGUUGGAAAGACAUCCUUUCAGCACGCAAACAUUUAUUCCUAUGGGUCUGGAACUAUCAAGAAAUUCGUAUUUGGUUAUUGUUGCAAAGAGUGAUAAGGAUACAUUACCUACUAGCCUUCCAGAACCCAGUAGUGUUAGAGCUUUCAUUUGUAAAGGGAAUCAAUCUAUUACUUACGGGCAAGGCAUUUGGCAUGCACCCAUGGUUGUUAUAGACGAAGAUCCUCCACAUAUUGACUUUGCAGUACUCAUUCAUGAAAAUGGCGUCGAUAAUGAAGAUGUAGAAGAAUGCUACUUUGAGCCAGGUUUUAAUAUCAAGUAUUAUAGAGAAAAUACGAGAUCAAGUGCUAAAUUAUAA